AGUCGGAUCACCCACUAUGUCAAACGAAUCAGCUCCAAAGCUGCUAUCCGUAGGAAUAUUCUUGAGGCUGGAUUCAUUUCCAAAGCUGCUGUCAGAAGGGAUGUAAUAAACUGCAUUCUUCACUGGCGAUUCAUUUCCAAUGCUGCUAUCAGAAGGGAUGUAAUAAACUGUGCUGCUGAACUCAUUACCAAAUGUUUGAAAUUUGACGUCUUCGCUAUCAAUACUAGUUUCUAUAAUUUUUUGUCUUUUCUGAGGCGACGAAUGUGCUUUGUCUUCAUUCAUGGUGAUCGAAGCUAAAUCUGACGAAACGUUCAGCUACACAAAGAACAGUUGAUUGUUGUUUAUGUCAUUUCCUGUAAUAAACAAUAGACACAUGUACACACAAAUCGAAAUCCCGCCAAACUUUGCACAGGACGGGACACACACAAAGAGCUUUUCAACGUCUUCCUGAUAAAGAAGAUCUCCAGAAACUGUCAAAAGGGCAUAGAUGAAAGAUGACAUACAGCUAGAAAUACUAAAUGUUUUUUGUUUUUUUUGGCAUCAUCGUUUGAAAAAUAUUUUAGUUAAUAUAUUAUACAAUAAUAUAUUAUACAUGGACUGUUUUUGUUCAGCAGAGGAUAUAUUUUUGCAGUAUGUUGAAAUUUACCUUUUUAGUUUGUAAAACCCUCAGUGCAGGUCAUGGGUUCAUGGUGUGCAUUUGAUAGAGUCCAGAUACAUGCCCUGUGUCUAUUCUGGACAUGCUUAUUACACAACAACUUACAUAAAAGUCAUUUGUUCGCUCUGACCUAAAAUAUAUAAUCCACGAGUUAGUCUCUCCSUACUCAGUACCGCUUACAGUACAGUAUUCAACAUGGCUUCAUCAGCAGACUCACAGAGAAAAAAAUGGCGCAUUGAUUUGCAGAAUGAGAGUCCCUACAUUUUAUAUUCAGGUACUAAAGAACAACCUAAGAACUCAAAAGGGCAGUGCUUGGGCAAAAUCCUACACUGUCAAGCUUCUGCUACAAAACCAACGAAAGUCAAGUUUAACUGCGAAAAUGGCUACAAGAUGCUAGAUAUAACGCUAUGUGAACCAUCGCCAGCCUCUAGAGGAUUGUUUCCCCUGACAGAUGGAAAAGAUUUUGCGGCAAAGGCUUCAGCCAUCUUAGGGAUCGAGGUGCUAGAAAGUGCACAGCCGACAACGCCAGUUGGAAGCCUGAGCAAAGAACCACAAGCAAAGAGAGUGCGCCGCGAAACUAGGCAAGAAAGCGCUGAACAAUCUGUCGAGCCGAGGAAUGAUCUGCCUGUCUCACCGAGUGCUAGUCCCCCUACAGCCCUAACACAUUUAUCUGAAGUAGAAACAGCAGAUCAGCAGAUUCCCGACCAGCUAUCCACUUUUCUUAAAUUUGCCAUUAAAGGGGACGUGACCACCAAAGUAUUAACAAGCUCUUUAACAGCACCGAGAGCGGAAUACGAGUUACGUGGCGUUGACCACGUUUUUGUAAAGCAGCUGAAAGAGCAGAUGCUCAAUAAUCCUGUUCCUGGCCAAAAGCCGUUAAUAGUCGUGGUAAAGGGGCUCCACAGAAUAGAAGAUUUCAAAGCCGAGAACAUUGAUUCUUAUGAAUUGGAGGUCGUUAUUGGCGGAAACCAUCGGCGCGUGGCUAUGGCAGAGCUCAACGAGGAGUAUCAAGAUUUGUACCGGCUCAAAUCGGUGGAUGCCAUCUUGUUUACAGAAAUGCCCACCAACGCAGCGAUAAAACUUGCUCAGGCACACAACAACAUGGACCAGUUCAGUCAUGAACUCACGUCUCAAGAUAAGAUCAAACUUUGUAGGAAAGUUCUUGCAUCAUCGUUUGCCGAUAACAGAUCUGAAUGGAGAAGUUAUUGCGUAGAUUUGUUUCAAUCAUCCAAGGAUAAAAUGGACUACGUUUUUUUCCUGUCAAGUUUGUCAAGCGAUGCGUAUGGCUUGCUUUUAGAAGUUAUCCAGAAAUACGAGGAUUACGCUUUGAACGACCAGAAGCAAAGUACCGCUCAGAACAAAAAAAACAUCAAAAACAAGAGCAAGCCUGAUCUUAUUGCCUCCAGGUUCAAACCUCUAAGAGGAUUAAAAGAAGAAGACCUAAUUGAGGUUUUGAGUUUGCUGGCCAACAAUAAGUUGAGCAUUAAAGAGGCCGGGUCAAUGUCUGUUGAGAUCAAGACGCUUUAUACAGCAAGGGAUAACUUCCUAAGAAUCAGUGGAAUAUCCAGCUGGGACGAGGCGACGAGAAGAUUUCCGGAAUUCACCACAAAGGAAACACUCCUAAGUUUUAAUUACAAGAAGGGCCGUUCUGAUGAGAAGUUUACCCACUUCAUUCAGACAAUACUGCAGGAUGAAGAAAUGAAUACUCAAGGAAAACAGCGGGAUUCUACAUCUCCAGUAUUCAUUACCAGCGACCCUUUGGACUUGUCACCAGAUUCCCUUGGGAAUGACUUCCAUGGAGUGCAGCUUAUAGUGGUACACUAUAACGAAGAGUGGGGAAACAAAGACGUUACGUUAUUGCUUAAAAAGCUAAUCGGCCUUAAUGCCAGGAAGGGGAUGACCGAUUUUUCGGUCAUCAUCUUUGGACGUUCCGUCGAAGAGAUGGAGACCGUGGUUUCGUCAGUCCAGUGUAGCCACGCUCAGAACUUAUACAUUGUGCUGAAAACCAUACCACAAGAAAAAGAUCGCAUGACACCUGCGGUAGAAAAAGCUGCCGUCCUGCUAUUUGGGAAACCUAAAAUAAAGAAAAACAAUGUCGUAAUUCUUGAAGAAGGAGGGAAUGCUGCAAAUGAGGCAUCAGAUGGGCUGGCAAGCUUAAAGUCCUCCGUUAUGGAACUAGGAAAUAAAGCAGGUGAACUACUAAGGAUUGCUAAAGAGAAGAAAUGGCAACUAUUUGUCAUAACGAAGAAUGCUGAACGCAUAGCAACUUUGAAGGCCAAUAGUCUACAAAUGCGUGCAUAACCCCUUUCUUUAGUUAAUGUGUAUAUAUUGUUACAAAUUCUGCAAAAUACAGAGCCGCUAGUCUAGAUGGUGUUUUGUAAAAAGUGGUCAGGAAUUCCUGAUCACAUAUGAG